CUUUUUCUUAGUUGUCAACUCAAACACACAAUAAAAAAAAACACAGAGUCAAUCAAAUCACACAAUAUUAACAAUUAUCACAAUGAUCAAUAUUAUAUAGACAGUUGUCGAAACUUAUCCAAAUAAGUAUAUAUUUAAAAUUAUUUUUUUCUAUUAUUUGUGGUUUCAUUCUAUUUUCUUGUUGUAUUUAAUUGCACUCUAAAAAUCAAAUUCGAUUUUCUACUAUUUGAUGUCGAUUCAGAGAUCUUUUUCGAUGAAAUAAUCGAUCUUUUGUGGUAAAUUCUUAUUAACUCCAUGGGUAAAUUGAACUUAAUCGGCAUCUCUAAUUUCGUUCUUAAGCAUAGAUGAUACACCGUGAUACACUUCAUAAAUUUCAUAGACCUAUAUAGUAAUAAAUUCACACUUCAAUCAUUUAUUAUCUGUGAUCACAAUUUUCACGUGUUUGAGUUGACAACUAAGAAAAGUGUGCAUCUCGUUGUGUUUUUGAGAUUUCAUGUAAACAAAAUGCCUGUGCUACAAAGAAUAAAGAAACCUACAACUCGUAAAGGAAAAAAGGUUCUACUAUCGAAAGAACCUAAGCCCAUUGAAGGUCCUAAACAAAGUAUCUUCCUUCAAGGCCGCAACCCGUCAGAAAGGACAAGAAAGCUACUAAAGGAUAUCUAUGAUUUAAAAAAGCCUGACGCCGCUUAUCUCAGCCGCAAAAACGAUUUUGUCCCAUUUGAAGACAGUAGUUUGAUUGAGAAGUUAUGUUACAAAAAAGAGGCGGCUCUGUUUGGUGUUGGUUCACACAGCAAGAAGCGCCCCCACAACAUUGUUUUGGGUAGAACUUUUGAUUAUGGAAUAUUGGAUAUGAUUGAACUUGGUACUGAAGAAUACAAGGCAAUGUCAGAAUUUCACAAUAUAAAAGUCCUGGCUGGUUCUAAACCAUGUUUAUUGUUUAAUGGACCUGCUUGGGAGCUAAACCAGGAUUUAACACGAUUGAAGUCACUGUUCUCUGAUUUCUUUCACAGAGAAAAGGUGGAAACCAUUAGAUUGCAGGGAUUAGAACAUGUCCUCAGUUUCACGGCUACUGAUGAUGGCUUGAUCUACUUCAGAUCGUACAGAAUAUCACUUAAGAAAAGUGGCCAGAGAACACCCAGAGUGGAGUUGGAAGAAAUAGGUCCGUCAAUUGAUUUCAAAUUAAGAAGAACUAAGUUAGCGUCUGACGAUCUCUACAAGGAAGCUUGUAAAAUACCGAGAGAGAUGAAACCAAUCAAAAAGAAAAAUAUCUCCAGAGAUGCAUUUGGAACUAAACACGGCCGUAUUCAUAUGGGUAAGCAAGAUAUCAAUAGGCUGCAAACCCGAAAGAUGAAGGGCUUAAAGAAAACAACCGAAGAAAAGAAAAAAAUACUUCUUCAGAAAAAGAAAGAUAAGAAAGCAGCAAAACAAAAACAACAUGUAGAAGUAUAAUAAAGAGUACAUUUACUAUGUAA